AUGUGCACAUCUUUAAUUUCCGGUGAUGUACGCAACUUCCCGAAAUUUUGCAGCAGGUGCAUACAAAGAAAUGUAGUUUACGAGUAAUUUUGGCACUGACCGGUCAUAAUUCAUCAACAUUUUCAAAGAAUCAUUAAAUACAGUGGAGAUAAAUUAUUCAGCGAGAAGUAGACAGGACAUGUUAGAGAUAUGCCUUCAGUAGCACAGGCAGAGUAUGGCAUUAAGGAUGUGUGGAUGACCAAUCUUGAAGAAGAGUUCCGGAAAAUCAGACAAAUUAUUCAACGAUAUAAAUAUGUUGCAAUGGAUACAGAGUUCCCAGGUGUGGUUGCACGACCUAUUGGAGAGUUUCGCAGCACUGCAGAUUAUCAGUACCAGCUUCUCAGGUGUAAUGUUGACCUUUUAAAAAUAAUACAGAUUGGCUUCACAUUUAUGGAUGAGAGUGGAAACACGCCAUCUCCUAUAUCAACUUGGCAGUUCAACUUCAAAUUUAAUCUUACAGAAGACAUGUAUGCUCAAGAGUCCAUAGAUCUCCUAACAAAUUCUGGCAUACAAUUCAAGAAACAUGAGGAUGAAGGCAUAGAUAUAUUCACAUUUGCUGAAUGUUUGAUGACAUCGGGGAUUGUAUUGUCUGAUCAGGUCUUUUGGCUCUCAUUCCAUAGUGGCUAUGAUUUUGGUUACCUGUUAAAGGUGCUCACUGAUUGUGCACUACCUGAGGAGGAGGAAGAGUUCUUUGCCAUGAUAAAAUUAUAUUUCCACAAUAUCUAUGAUGUGAAGUACCUGAUGAAGAGCUGUAAGAACUUGAAGGGUGGUCUCCAGGAAGUUGCUGAGCAACUAGAAGUAGGUUUCUAUAGUUGUUAUCUUGUAAUAUUUAUAUUUAUGAUUGUAUAGGGAUAAAAAUGGUAU